AUGUCUCAUACCGCAGUGCAGGGAAGUAUUGGGAGCCGUUCUGCCAUGGGGAUGCACACAUACAAAGUAAGUCAACAACUGCCAAUAUACCUGUACGAGUGUGAGAAUUUCCAAGGUCGCUGUAUGGAGUUGAACGGCGAGUGUCGCAAUAUCUGCGAUAAGGGCUUCGAUCGUGUGCGUUCCAUCAGAGUGGAGUGUGGCCCGUGGGUGGGUUACGAACAGCAGGACAUGCGUGGUGAGAUGUUCAUGUUGGAGAAGGGAGAGUAUCCUCGCUGGGACACCUGGUCCAAUAGCUACCGCUGUGAUUGUCUCAUGUCCCUCAGGCCUGUCCGCAUGGAUCCCCAGGAUCAUAAGAUCUGCCUGUAUGAGUGUGCAAACUUUGAGGGUCGUAAGAUGGAGGUUUGUGAUGAGGACAUCCCCAGUAUGUGGUCCUACGGCUUCUAUGACAGAGUAGCAAGCAUUCAGGUCUCCGGAGGAACGUGGGUUGGGUACCAGUACCCUGGUUAUCGUGGAUACCAGUACCUGUUUGAGUGUGGCCCCUAUAAGCACUGGAACGAGUGGGGAGCCAACCAUCCACAAAUCCAGUCCAUCCGCCGAGUGCGAGACAUGCAGACACAUCGACGAGGCUAUUUCGAGAUGACUGCAUAA